UAUAUAAAUAAAAAAUAUGAAGGAUUUUUUCGCAAUUGAGGGGGGCUCGAUCCCACCAUUGUCCGAGGGUGGACUCGACACUGCCCUAUUGUGUCCUUAAUUACAUUGAUGCAUAAACAUGGUCCCAAUUAACAAACUUUCAAACACACAAGAGAAUGUGACAUGUCUUAGCAAUGAAAAAAACACAAGACAAAACAUAUGAACCAAAGACUCCUCGAAUCGAGUGGACCAUAAGAUAUUGAUUUUCUUGCAGUCGUGUUAGACUAAUUAGUCCAAGAAAAAUACUUCACUCGCAGAUAAAAACUUCGAAUUCCAUUUUUCCUCUGAGAGUAAAAGCUAUGGCUAUGGGAUUCGUACCUGCAAAUGAAGGAGUGUUGUACAACGGAAGAGUAACUCCGUUUGUCGUUUUAUCGUGCAUGAUGGCCGCCAUGGGAGGAGUUAUUUUCGGCUACGAUAUCGGGAUUUCAGGUGGAGUGACGUCGAUGGAGCCAUUCUUGAAGAAGUUCUUCCCGCAAGUCUACACAAGAAUGAAAGAUGACAAGAAUAUUAGCAACUACUGCAAAUUCGACAGUGAAUUAUUGACAUUAUUCACAUCCUCACUCUAUUUAGCAGGCCUGGUCGCUUCCUUCUUCGCAUCUUUCGUCACCGGAGCUUACGGCCGGAAACCAUCCAUAGUCGCCGGAGGAGCUGCUUUUCUCGCCGGAGCAGCCCUCAACGGCGCAGCCGUUAGUAUAUACAUGCUCAUCUUAGGCAGAGUCCUCCUCGGAGUUGGUGUUGGCUUCGCAAACCAGGCAUUUCCUUUGUAUCUAUCAGAAAUGGCGCCGGCGAAAUACAGAGGAGCAUUCAAUAACGGAUUCCAAUUGAGUGUAGGAAUAGGUGCCUUAUCUGCAAAUCUGAUCAAUUACGGAACGGAGAAGAUCGACGGUGGAUUCGGGUGGAGGAUUUCAUUAGCCAUGGCUGCAGUUCCAGCUUCAGCUCUAACCCUAGGCGCACUGUUUCUUCCAGAAACACCAAACAGCUUAAUCCAGCUCAACAACAACCACGAAAAGGCGAAAAAAAUGCUGCAAAAAAUCCGAGGAACUGAAAAUGUGGAAAUGGAACUAGACGAUCUCAUCAAAGCCAGCGAAAAUUCGAAAAUUGCAAAAAAUCCUUACGGAAAAAUCGCAGGGAGAAAUUACAGGCCGCAGUUUGUGAUGUCGAUUGCGAUCCCCUUUUUUCAGCAGGUCACCGGAAUCAAUGUAAUCGCCUUCUACGCUCCGAUUUUAUUCCGCACGAUUGGAUUUGGGGAAAGCGCUUCGCUUUUAUCGGCGGUUAUGACCGGCGUCGUCGGAAUUGCUACCACGUUCGCGUCGAUGGUGAUUGUGGACAGAUUCGGGAGGAGGUUUCUGCUGAUAAUUGGGGGAAUUGUGAUGUUUGCAUCUCAGAUGAUUGUCGGAUCUGUAAUGGCGGCUGAAUUAGACGACCGCGGCGGUGGAUUGAGCAGAGGCUACGCCGAUUUGGUUCUGGUUUUGAUUGGGGUAUACGUCGCCGGAUUUGGGGUUUCGUGGGGGCCAUUGGGGUGGUUGAUUCCGAGCGAGAUUUUUCCGAUGGAGAUUAGGUCGGCGGGGCAGAGUAUUUCAGUCGCCGUGAAUUUUCUGUUUACUUUUUUGGUAGGGCAGACGUUUUUGACGAUGCUGUGCCGUUUGAAGAGUGGGAUAUUCUUCUUCUUUGGGGGGUGGGUGGCGGUUAUGACGGUGUUCGUGUAUCUGUUACUGCCGGAGACGAAGAAUAUUCCGAUUGAACAAAUGGAGAUGGUUUGGAGAGAACACUGGUUUUGGAAGAAAUUUGUGGUGGGUAAAUAAAAAUGAUAAUUAAUUAUCAAAAUAAAAAUAAAAAUGAUAAUUAGGUGUCAAUUUUGUAAUUUGUUGUAUCUUAUUAUGCAAACUCAUGCAUAAUUUAUGCAGGCCUAUGACCUGCUAUAAUAGGUAAUGUGAUGGUUGGUUGAAUGAGUUGGCAUUUAAAAUAUAAAAAUAAAUAAAUUAGGUGAUAUGCCUAAUGAGUUGGAUGAUUUUGGA